AUGCUGGGCACUGGCGAGGAGUUGGCACUAAAGCAGUUCUACCUCCUGGAAGAUGCAAGCCACGGAGCCAGCACUGUCCCUGGGACACUGCAGCACAUUGGGAGCUUACUGGAGUGGCAGGACAGCACCUGCCCCAGCCUAGCCCCAGCCUCGCCUGGAACGGCCCUGGCCCCGGCCGGGCGGCCUCAGCCCCUCACCGCUCCUGCUUUCCCCCUUCAGGCCUUCACGGAGCUCCAGGCCAAGGUAAUAGAUACGCAGCAGAAAGUGAAGCUUGCCGACAUCCAGAUCGAGCAGCUGAGCAGGACGAAGAAGCACGCGCACCUCACUGACACGGAGAUCAUGACGCUGGUGGAUGAGACCCGCAUGUAUGAGGGUGUAGGGAGAAUGUUUAUUCUUCAAUCUAAAGGAGUGAUUCAUAAUCAGCUCCUAGAAAAACAGAGAAUAGCAGAAGAGAAAAUUAAGGAAUUAGAGCAGAAGAAGUCAUACCUGGAGCGGAGUGUGAAAGAAGCAGAAGAUAACAUCCGGGAGAUGCUGAUGGCCCGAAGGGCACAGUAGCUGGCUGGGGCUCCUGGGGCCACAGUCCUGUGAUACCUGUUCAGAGUGAUUUUUGGGUACACUCUGCCUGUGCUGACUGCUGCGUGAUGGCCUGUUUACCAUGCCUGUAGUUGGCUGUUUUAAUAAACUCUGCUGCAAAGCC